AUGUGGACCGGUUGGACCAACCGGCCUGUUGGUCCUGUGGACCGGUUGGACCAACCGGCCUGUUGGUCCUGUGGACCGGUUGGACCAACCGGCCUGUUGGUCCUGUGGACCGGUUGGAGGCCAGUUGGUCCUGUGGACCCGGUUUGGUCCAACCGGCCAGGUUGGUCCUGUGGACCGGUUGGACCAACGGCCAGUUGGUCCAGUGGACCGGUUGGUCCAACCGGCCAGUUGGUCCUGUGGACCGGUUGGACCAACCGGCCAGUUGGUCAUGUGGACCGGUUGGACCAACCGGCCUGUUGGUCCUGUGGACCGGUUGGACCAACCGGCCAGUUGGUCCUGUGGACCGGUUGGACCAACCGGCCAGUUGGUCCUGUGGACCGGUUGGACCAACCGGCCAGUUGGUCCUGUGGACCGGUUGGACCAACCGGCCAGUUGGUCCUGUGGACCGGUUGGACCAACCGGCCAGUUGGUCCUGUGGACCGGUUGGACCAACCGGCCAGUUGGUCCUGUGGACCGGUUGGACCAACCGGCCAGUUGGUCCUGUGGACCGGUUGGACCAACCGGCCAGUUGGUCCUGUGGACCGGUUGGACCAACCGGCCUGUUGGUCCUGUGGACCGGUUGGACCAACCGGCCAGUUGGUCCUGUGGACCGGUUGGACCAACCGGCCAGUUGGUCCUGUGGACCGGUUGGACCAACCGGCCAGUUGGUCCUGUGGACCGGUUGGACCAACCGGCCAGUUGGUCCUGUGGACCGGUUGGACCAACCGGCCUGUUGGUCCUGUGGACCGGUCCUGUGGACGGUUGGACCACCGGCCAGUUGGUCCUGUGGACCGGUUGGACCAACCGGCCAGUUGGUCCUGUGGACCGGUUGGUCCAACCGGCCAGUUGGUCCUGUGGACCGGGUUGGACCAACCGGCCAGUUGGUCCUUGUGGACCGGUUUGACCAACCGGCCAGUUGGUCAUGUUGACCGGUUGGACCAACCGGCCAGUUGGUCCUGUGGACCGGUUUGGACCAACCGGCCAGUUGGUCAUGUGGACCGGUUGGACCAACGGCCAGUUGGUCCUGUGGACCGGGUUGGGACCAACCGGCCAGUUGGUCCUGUGGACCGGUUGGACCAACCGGGCCAGUUGGUCCUGUGGACCGGUUUGGACCAACCGGCCAGUUGGUCAUGUGGACCGGUUGGACCAACCGGCCUGUUGGUCCUGUGGACCGGUUGGACCAACCGGCCUGUUGGUCCUGUGGACCGGUUGGACCAACCGGCCUGUUGGUCCUGUGGACCGGUUGACCAACCGGCCAGUUGGUCCUGUGGACCGGUUGGACCAACCGGCCUGUUGGUCCUGUGGACCGGUUGGACCAACCGGCCAGUUGGUCCUGUGGACCGGUUGGUCCAACCGGCCUGUUGGUCCUGUGGACCGGUUGGACCAACCGGCCAGUUGGUCCUGUGGACCGGUUGGACCAACCGGCCUAGUUGGUCCUGUGGACCGGUUGGUCCAACCGGCCAUGUUGGUCCUGUGGACCGGUUUGACCAACCGGCCAGUUGGUCCUGUGGACCGGUUGGACCAACCGGCCAGUUGGUCCUGUGGACCGGUUGGGACCAACCGGCCAGUUGGUCCUGUGGACCGUUUGGACCAACCGGCCAGUUGGUCCUGUGGACCGGUUGGAUCCAACCGGCCAGUUGGUCCUGUGGACCGGUUGGACCAACCGGCCUAGUUGGUCCUGUUGGACCGGUUGGACCAACCGGCCAGUUGGUCCUGUGGACCGGUUGGACCAACCGGCCUGUUGGUCCUGUGGACCGGUUGGACCAACCGGCCUGUUGGUCCUGUGGACCGGUUGGACCAACCGGCCAUGUUGGUCCUGUGGGACCGGUUGGACAAACCGGCCAGUUGGUCCUGUGGACCGGUUGGACCAACCGGCCAACCGGCCUGUUGGUCCUGUGGACCGGUUGGACCAACCGGCCAGUUGGUCCUGUGGACCGGUUGGACCAACCGGCCAGUUGGUCCUGUGGACCGGUUGGAUCCAACCGGCCUGUUGGUCUGUGGGACCGUUGGACCAACCGGCCUGUUGGUCCUGUGGACCGGUUGGACCAAACCGCCAGUUGGUCCUGUGGACCGGUUGGACCAACCGGCCUGUUGGUCCUGUGGACCGGUUGGACCAACCGGCCUGUUGGUCCUGUGGACCGGUUGGACCAACCGGCCAGUUGGUCCUGUGGACCGGUUGGACCAACCGGCCAGUUGGUCCUGUGGACCGGUUGGACCAACCGGCCUGUUGGUCCUGUGGACCGGUUUGGACCAACCGGCCAGUUGGUCCUGUGGACCGGUUGGACCAACCGGCCAUGUUGGUCCUGUGGACCGGUUGACCAACCGGCCUGUUGGUCCUGUGGACCGGUUGGACCAACCGGCCGUUGGUCCUGUGACCGGUUGGACCAACCGGCCUUGUUGGUCCUGGACCGGUUGGACCAACCGGCCAGUUGGUCCUGUGGACCGGUUGGACCAACCGGCCAGUUGGUCAUGUGGACCGGUUGGACCAACCGGCCUGUUGGUCCUGUGGACCGGUUUGGACCAACCGGCCAGUUGGUCCUGUGGACCGGUUGGACCAACCGGCCUGUUGGUCCUGUGGACCGGUUGGACCAACCGGCCAGUUGGUCCUGUGGACCGGUUGGACCAACCGGCCAGUUGGUCCUGUGGACCGGUUGGACCAACCGGCCAGUUGGUCAUGUGGACCCGGUUGGACCAACCGGCCUAGUUGGUCCUGUGGACCGGUUGUUGGUCCUGUGGACCGGUUGGACCAACCGGCCAGUUGGUCCUGUGGACCGGUUGGACCAACCGGCCAGUUGGUCCUGUGGACCGGUUGGACCAACCGGCCUAGUUGGUCCUGUGGACCGGUUGGACCAACCGGCCAGUUGGUCCCUGUGGACCGGUUGGACCAACCGGCCAGUUGGUCCUGUGGACCGGUUGGUACCAACCGGCCUGUUGGUCCUGUGGACCGGUUGGACCAACCGGCCUGUUGGUCCUGUGGACCGGUUGGACCAACCGGCCAGUUGGUCCUGUGGACCGGUUGGACCAACCGGCCAGUUGGUCCUGUGGACCGGUUGGACCAACCGGCCAGUUGGUCCUGUGGACCGGUUGGACCAACCGGCCAGUUGGUCCUGUGGACCGGUUGGACCAACCGGCCUGUUGGUCCUGUGGACCGGUUGGACCAACCGGCCAGUUGGUCCUGUGGACCGGUUGGACCAACCGGCCUGUUGGUCCUGUGGACCGGUUGGACCAACCGGCCUGUUGGUCCUGUGGACCGGUUGGACCAACCGGCCAGUUGGUCCUGUGGACCGGUUGGACCAACCGGCCAGUUGGUCCUGUGGACCGGUUGGACCAACCGGCCAGUUGGUCCUGUGGACCGGUUGGACCAACCGGCCAGUUGGUCCUGUGGACCGGUUGGACCAACCGGCCAGUUGGUCCUGUGGACCGGUUGGACCAACCGGCCUGUUGGUCCUGUGGACCGGUUGGACCAACCGGCCUGUUGGUCCUGUGGACCGGUUGGACCAACCGGCCGAUUGGUCCUGUGGACCGGUUGGACCAACCGGCCAUGUUGGUCCUGUGGACCGGUUGGUCCAACCGGCCUGUUGGUCCUGUGACCGGUUGGACCAACCGGCCAGUUGGUCCUGUGGACCGGUUGGACCAACCGGCCUGUUGGUCCUGUGGACCGGUUGGACCAACCGGCAGUUGGUCCUGUUGGACCGUUGGACCAACCGGCCUAGUUGGUCCUGUGGACCGGUUGGACCAACCGGCCAGUUGGUCCUGUGGACCGGUUGGACCAACCGGCCUGUUGGUCAUGUGGGACCGGUUUGGACCACCGGGCCCGUUGGUCAUGUGACCGGUUUGGACCAACCGGCCAGUUGGUCCUGUGGACCGGUUGGACCAACCGGCCGUUGGUCCUGUGGACCGUUGGUCCUGUGGACGGUUGGACCAACCGGCCAGUGGUCUGUGGGACCGGUGGACCAACCGGCCAGUUGUCCUGUGGACCGGUUGGACCAACCGGCCAGUUGGUCCCUGUGGACCGGUUGGACCAACCGGCCAGUUGGUCAUGUGGACCGGUUGGACCAACCGGCCAUGUUGGUCCUGUGGACCGGUUGGACCAACCGGCCUGUUGGUCCUGUGGACCGGUUGGACCAACCGGCCAGUUGGUCAUGUGGACCGGUUGGACCAACCGGCCUAGUUGGUCCUGUGGACCGGUUGGACCAACCGGCCAUGUUGGUCCUGUGGACCGGUUGGACCAACCGGCCAGUUGGUCCUGUGGACCGGUUGGUCCAACCGGCCUGUUGGUCCUGUGGACCGGUUUGGACCAACCGGCCAGUUGGUCCUGUGGACCGGUUUGGACCAACCGGCCAGUUGGUCCUGUGGACCGGUUGGACCAACCGGCCUGUUGGUCCUGUGGACCGGUUGGACCAACCGGCCUGUUGGUCCUGUGGACCGGUUGGACCAACGGCCUGUUGGUCCUGUGGACCGGUUGGACCAACCGGCCAGUUGGUCCUGUGGACCGGUUGGACCAACCGGCCUGUUGGUCCUGUGGACCGGUUGGACCAACCGGCCAGUUGGUCCUGUGGACCGGUUGGACCAACCGGCCAGUUGGUCCUGUGGACCGGUUGGACCAACCGGCCAGUUGGUCCUGUGGACCGGUUGGACCAACCGGCCAGUUGGUCCUGUGGACCGGUUGGACCAACCGGCCUGUUGGUCCUGUGGACCGGUUGGACCAACCGGCCUGUUGGUCCUGUGGACCGGUUGGACCAACCGGCCUGUUGGUCCUGUGGACCGGUUGGACCAACCGGCCAGUUGGUCCUGUGGACCGGUUGGACCAACCGGCCUGUUGGUCCUGUGGACCGGUUGGACCAACCGGCCAGUUGGUCCUGUGGACCGGUUGGACCAACCGGCCAGUUGGUCCUGUGGACCGGUUGGACCAACCGGCCAGUUGGUCCUGUGGACCGGUUGGACCAACCGGCCUGUUGGUCCUGUGGACCGGUUGGACCAACCGGCCUGUUGGUCCUGUGGACCGGUUGGACCAACCGGCCAGUUGGUCCUGUGGACCGGUUGGACCAACCGGCCUGUUGGUCCUGUGGACCGGUUGGAUCCAACCGGCCAUGUUGGUCCUGUGGACCGGUUGGACCAACCGGCCAGUUGGUCCUGUGGACCGGUUUGGACCAACCGGCCUGUUGGUCCUGUGGACCGGUUGGACCAACCGGCCUGUUGGUCCUGUGGGACCGGUUGGACCAACCGGCCUGUUGGUCCUUGUGGACCGGUUGGACCAACCGGCCUGUUGGUCCUGUGGACCGGUUGGACCAACCGGCCUGUUGGUCCUGUGGACCGGUUGGACCAACCGGCCAGUUGGUCCUGUGGACCGGUUGGACCAACGGCCAGUUGGUCCUGUGGACCGGUUGGACCAACCGGCCAGUUGGUCCUGUGGACCGGUUGGACCAACCGGCCUGUUGGUCCUGUGGACCGGUUGGACCAACCGGCCAUGUUGGUCCUGUGGACCGGAUUUGGAUCCUAACCGGCCUGUUGGUCCUGUGGACCGGUUGGACCCAACCGGCCAUGUUGGUCCUGUGGGACCGGUUGGACCAACCGCCUGUUGGUCCUGUGGACCGGUUGGACCACCGGCCUGUUGGUCCUGUGGACCGGUUUGGACCAACCGGCCAGUUGGUCCUGUGGACCGGUUGGACCAACCCUGCCUGUUGGUCCUGUGGACCGGUUGACCAACCGGCCAUGUUGGUCCUGUGGACCGGUUGGACCAACCGGCCUGUUGGUCCUGUGGACCGGUUGGACCAACCGGCCUGUUGGUCCUGUGGACCGGUUGGACCAAACCGGCCUGUUGGUCCUGUGGACCGGUUGGACCAACCGGCCUGUUGGUCCUGUGGACCGGUUGGACCAACCGGCCUGUUGGUCCUGUGGACCGGUUGGACCAACCGGCCAUGUUGCGUCCUGUGGACACGGUUGGACCAACCGGCCUGUUGGUCCUGUGGACCGGUUGGGACCAACCGGCCUGUUGGUCCUGUGGACCGGUUGGACCAACCGGCCUGUUGGUCCUGUGGACCGGUUGGGACCAACCGGCCUGUUGGUCCUGUGGACCGGUUGGACCAACCGGCCAGUUGGUCCUGUGGACGGUUGGACCAACCGGCCUGUUGGUCCUGUGGACCGGUUGCGGUCCCAACCGGCCAGUUGGUCCUGUGGACGGUGACCAACCGGCCAGUUGGUCCUGUGGAACGGUUGGACCAACCGGCCAGUUGGUCCUGUGGACGGUUGGACCAACCGGCAUGUUGGUCCUGUGGACCGGGUUGGACAACCGGCCUGUUGGUCCUGUGGACCGGUGGACCAACCGGCCAGUUGGUCCUGUGGACCGGUUGGACCAACCGGCCAGUUGGUCUGUGGACCGGUUUGGACCAACCGGCCAGUUGGUCCUGUGGACCGGUUGACCAAUCCGGCCUGUUGGUCCUGUGGACCGGUUGGACCAACCGGCCUGUUGGUCCUGUGGACCGGUUGGACCAACCGGCCCGUUGGUCCUGUGGACCGGUUGGACCAACGGCCGUUGGUCCUGUGGACCGGUGGACCAACCGGCCAGUGGUCCUGUGGACCGGUUGGACCAACCGGCCCGUUGGUCCUGUGGACACGGUUGGACCAACCGGCCUAGUUGGUCCUGUGGACCGGUUGGACCAACCGGCCAGUUGGGUCCCUGUGGACCGGUUGGACCAACCGGCCUGUUGGUCCUGUGGACCGGUUGGACCAACCGGCCAGUUGGUCCUGUGGACCGGUUGGAUCCAACCCUGCCUUGUUGGUCCUGUGGCACCGGUUGGUCCCUGGUGGACCGGUUGGACCAACCGGCCAGUUAGGUCCUCGUGGACCGGUUGGUACCAACCGGCCAUGUUGGUCCUGUGGACCCGGAUUGGACCAACCGGCCAGUUGGUCCUGUGGACCGGUUGGACCAACCGGCCAGUUGGUCCUGUGGACCGGUUGGACCAACCGGCCAGUUGGUCCUGUGGACCGGUUGGACCAACCGGCCUGUUGGUCCUGUGGACCGGUUGGACCAACCGGCCUGUUGGUCCUGUGGACCGGUUGGACCAACCGGCCUGUUGGUCCUGUGGACCGGUUGGACCAACCGGCCAGUUGGUCCUGUGGACCGGUUGGACCAACCGGCCUGUUGGUCCUGUGGACCGGUUGGACCAACCGGCCAGUUGGUCCUGUGGACCGGUUGGACCAACCGGCCUGUUGGUCCUGUGGACCGGUUGGACCAACCGGCCAGUUGGUCCUGUGGACCGGUUGGACCAACCGGCCAGUUGGUCCUGUGGACCGGUUGGACCAACCGGCCAGUUGGUCCUGUGGACCGGUUGGACCAACCGGCCUGUUGGUCCUGUGGACCGGUUGGACCAACCGGCCAGUUGGUCCUGUGGACCGGUUGGACCAACCGGCCAGUUGGUCCUGUGGACCGGUUGGACCAACCGGCCUGUUGGUCCUGUGGACCGGUUGGACCAACCGGCCAGUUGGUCCUGUGGACCGGUUGGACCAACCGGCCUGUUGGUCCUGUGGACCGGUUGGACCAACCGGCCAGUUGGUCCUGUGGACCGGUUGGACCAACCGGCCAGUUGGUCCUGUGGACCGGUUGGACCAACCGGCCUGUUGGUCCUGUGGACCGGUUGGACCAACCGGCCAGUUGGUCCUGUGGACCGGUUGGACCAACCGCCAGUUGGUCCUGUGGACCGGUUGGACCAACCGGCCUGUUGGUCCUGUGGACCGGUUGGACCAACCGGCCAUUGGUCCUGUGGACCGGUUGGACCAACCGGCCAGUUGGUCCUGUGGACCGGUUGGACCAACCGGCCUGUUGGUCCUGUGGACCGGUUGGACCAACCGGCCAGUUGGUCCUGUGGACCGGUUGGACCAACCGGCUGUUGGUCCUGUGGACCGGUUGGACCAACCGGCCAGUUGGUCCUGUGGACCGGUUGGACCAACCGGCCAGUUGGUCCUGUGGACCGGUUGGACCAACCGGCCUGUUGGUCCUGUGGACCGUUUGGACCAACCGGCCAGUUGGUCCUGUGGACCGGUUGGACCAACCGGCCUGUUGGUCCUGUGGACCGUGGACCAACCGGCCUUUGGUCCUGUGGACCGGUUGGACCAACCGGCCUGUUGGUCCUGUGGACCGGUUGGACCAACCGGCCAGUUGGUCAUGUGGACCGGUUGGACCAACCGGCCAGUUGGUCCUGUGGACCGGUUGGACCAACCGGCCAGUUGGUCAUGUGGACCGGUUGGACCAACCGGCCAGUUGGUCCUGUGGACCGGUUGGACCAACCGGCCAGUUGGUCCUGUGGACCGGUUGGACCAACCGGCCAGUUGGUCCUGUGGACCGGUUUGACCAACCGGCCUGUUGGUCCUGUGGACCGUUGGACCAACCGGCCUGUUGGUCCUGUGGACCGGUUGGACCACCGGCCUGUUGGUCCUGUGGACCGGUUGGACCAACCGGCCUGUUGGUCCGUGGACCGGUUGGACCAACCGGCCAGUUGGUCCUGUGGACCGGUUGGACCAACCGGCCUGUUGGUCCUGUGGACCGGUUUGACCAACCGGCCAGUUGGUCCUGUGGACCGGUUGGACCAACCGGCCAGUUGGUCCUGUGGACCGGUUGGACCAACCGCCCUGUUGGUCCUGUGGACCGGUUGGACCAACCGGCCAGUUGGUCCUGUGGACCGGUUGGACCAACCGGGCCUGUUGGUCCUGUGGACCGGUUUGGACCAACCGGCCAGUUGGUCCUGUGGACCGGUUGGACCAACCGGCCAGUUUGUCCUGUGGACCGUUGGACCAACCGGCCAGUUGGUCCUGUGGACCGGUUGA